UUCGGUAGAGAAAUAAGAAAUGCAGAGAGCCAGUCGUUUAAUUUUGUUUGUUGCAUCAUUCGCAUUUACAUAUGCAGUGCGCGAGCAAGGAAAAGAGUUUUGCUUUAUGAAAGAAGAUCAUCAAAGCAAACAAUUUAAUUUUGAAUAUGACCUUGAUCACGGAGAAAAGUUUCAUGGCAAAACGACGUUUUUGUUUGAAAACAACGAUUCAAGCGCACAAAUGUCGCUAUUUUAUCAUUUAUUGUUAGAUGCCACUGGUGAUAUCCACUGGGUAGCUUUUAGUGAAAAUGAUUUAAACUCCACCGUACAAUUUUCGAAGACUGUUUUUCCAGUCAUGCGAACAGAUGAUGGCAUUGAAUUUCAAAAUGAUUAUGUCAGAUUUUUGGUCACAAUUGGUGAAACUUCUUUAAAAAUAUAUCCGUAUAUAACAGAAUGGGAUCUCCAGAAUAUUUGUUUCAAAAAAAUCAACGACAGUCAUAGCAUAUUUCGAUAUGAGAUAAGCUCGUUGAACAACAGACGAAUCUAUAUCGGAGAAACAUUUAAUGAAGAGGGAGAUGGUCUGCUCUCUAAACGAAUUCAUAUAUCUGAUCCAGGGCAAAGUGAUUCCAUAUUUCGCGUGGAUUUUAAACAAGAUGAAUUCAAUUCGCACACCACGUUUUGUAGAGCCAUUUCAGAGAUUAUUUCACAAUAUUUUGUACUUGGAGCCGGUCAAGUAAACGGUAUCGAUCCGAAUGCAUUGAAAUCUUUGGUCGGUUGAACAAUAUACAAAGCUGCUCACUGCUUAUAUUUUGAAGAUUAUACAUUAUUAUUAUUUCAUACAGUCUGAG